UGGGCUGAUCAGUACAUGCGGUCCCAAGUACUUGAUGAGCACAUUAAAAGUGGACGGUUUUUGAAACUGGAAGGAGAAGAUUUACAGACAGGAAUCUUCUAACAAACAUUGUGAAAAUAGUGACUUAAUUAACUGGGAUUUAAAUAACCAUAAAUUGAAAAAUGUCUGUCCUGUCUGUAUCAAAGGUUUAACAUCAAUUUGACUGGAAAAGCAGUGAGAGACACCCUCUCGCCCCUGUGUAAGAAUUUUCCAUUGAACUGACUGAAACAGCUACAAUCAGUCACGUGACCUGCCAUACACAUUACAGUGCAUGUGUGUGGCUAGAGUUGAUUAUUGUACUUUCAGAGACACAAGAACAUCCUCAGUAUGGAGAAACCGUGGAAGUGUGAGGACUGUGGAAAGGGAUUCCAGUCCCUGUCGACAUUGGAAUUUCAUCGACGUGGCCACAACAGAGAGCGGCCAUUCACCUGCUCGGAAUGUGGGGAGGGAUUCCCUGAUAUGUCUGCCCUACGGAAACACCAGCGUGCUGCCACGGGAGAGAGGCCAUUCACCUGCUCUGAGUGUGGGAAGAAAUUCCGUGAAUAUUUCACCCUGUUGAGCCACCAGCGAGCUCACGCUGGCAAGAGUCCAUGUACCUGCUUGGACUGUGGAAAGGUAUUUACUCAGUUCUCCAGUCUGCAGACACACCAGCGAGUUCACACUGGAGAGAGGCCCUUUACCUGUUCUGAAUGUGGGAAAGAGUUCACUCAGUUAUCAAGCCUGCAGAGACACCAGCGAAUUCACACUGGGGAGAAACCAUUCAAAUGUUCCAAAUGUAAGAAGCCAUUCAGAGACUACUCUGGUCUACAGAAACACCAGAGAGUUCAUACUGGGGAGAGGCCAUACGUGUGUUCUGAAUGUGGGAAGCGAUUCACUCAGCUGAGCGUUUUGGAAAUCCACCGACGAGUUCACACUGGAGAGAAGCCAUUCACUUGUUCUGUGUGUGGGAAAGGAUUUACUCAGACAACCAAACUCAUGUCUCACCAGAGAAUUCACACCGAGGAGAGACCAUUCACCUGUCCAGAGUGUGGGAAGGGAUUUACGCAGACAUCCUGCCUCAUGUUACACCAGCGGAUUCACACUGAGGAGAGACCUUUCAGCUGCACUUACUGUGCAAAGAGGUUCAUGUCUUCAUCUGAUCUGAAUAUACACCAGCGUGUUCACACUGGGGAGAAACCAUUCAACUGUUCUGUGUGUGGGAAGAGAUUCCCUCAUUCAUCUGGCCUUCGAUCACACCAGCGAGUUCAUACUGAGCAGAAACCAUUCAGCUGCACCACCUGUGGAAAAAGUUUCCGACAUUCGUCUGCCCUGGUUGAACACCAGCGAGUUCACUCUGGGGAAAAGCCAUUCACCUGUUCUGUGUGUGGGCAGGGCUUCACUCAGUCGUCCAGUUUGCUGAGACACCAACGAGUACACACCGGAGAGAAGCCAUUCAGCUGCACUUCCUGUGGGAAAGGUUUCCGGCAGUCAUCCACCCUGACUGCACACCAGCGAAUUCACACGGGGGAGAAACCCUUCACUUGCUCUGCAUGUGGAAAGGGAUUCACAGUUUCCUCCGCACUCGAGUCACACCAGCUAAUUCACACAGAGGAGAAGCCAUUCAACUGCACUUCCUGUGGGAAGAGUUUCAGGUGUUCAUCCUCUCUCCUUGCUCACCAGCGAGUUCAUACUGGAGAGAGGCCAUUCAUCUGCUCUGUGUGUGGGAAGGGAUUCACUCGGUCCUUCAACCUAGUGACACAUAAGCGAGUUCAUAAGUGAAUCUCAAUAACCUGUAUACUGUUGAAGUUCAAGGAGGAAACUCUUCAUCAUCUUCAGGCCCAGCCAGUGAUUUCCAUUUCUUGUGAAAGAAUUGGAUUCUGCUGUUAUUGCUGUUGUUGAUCACUUCCAAGAUUGACAGUCUGACAACAUUAGAUUUGUUUCAAUUGAUGUUAACACUCCUAUAACUGGCUAGAGUUUGGUAAUUUGGAUAUGUUGCUGAUUUUUGGGACUGCAAUGCCCCUUUUUAAAAGCAACAACAGUGAUCCUGGAUUUGAGGUCUGUGUUUGGAGAGAGGAACACAUCCUGUGCAAGGGAAAACACAAAAUUGUCAAUUUACAAACAAAGCUGACAAAGGAAAUCACCAAAAACUCUGUCUAACAAAGCUUCCAGGGUCAAUUGCUCCUUUCAUUGCCCUCUAUUGCACAGAUUGACAGCAUCAUAAUCUGUAUAGGACCAGGAUGAAGGAUGUAGUGAAAUUGGGUUGUGUCAUUUUAAAAAAUGUUGAUUUUUUAAAAAUAUUUGUUCAUCUGUGGGAUGCGGGUGUUGCUGGCUGGGCCUGCAUUUAUUUCCUGUCCUGGGUGACACUUGAGAAGGUCGUGGUGAGGUGCCUUAUAUAGAGAGUUCCAAAAGUGUGGAAACUGGCUAUUCGGACCAACGUGUCCAGACCAACCCUCUGAAGAGCAUCCCACUCAGACCCAGACACAUCCCACUACCCUAUCCCUCAAACCCUACAUUUCCCAUCCACCAAUCAACAUAUCCCUGUACACAAUGGGUAGUUAGGAUGUCCAGUCCUCCUAACCUGCACAUCUUUGGCCCGUGGGAGGAAACUGGAACACUUGGAGGAAACCUACACAGACGC